GCUAUUGCAAAAUAUCCCUCGUGAGAGAUACACACAUGUGGACGUUGACAGGUAGGAAACAGAGCUAUCGACCUACAGAAAAUGUCGAGAAUUGCAGCGAUGGACGAAGAUGAGAGGAUACUGACUGAGAAUAAUAGUCAAACCCAGGAUUCAUACAGACCAGACCUGUCAACAUCUUGGACACACAAAGAACCAUUGCCACGACAACACUCAAUGGAGCUGCAGCAGUCUAACUCGCGGCAGAUGGCAUCCAACGACGAACAAAAUCGCCACAAUAUGGACCAGGAAUAUGAGGAGGCGUCCCUGGGAUGUUGUGGGAUUAUCCUGAUGGGAUUCUCCUUUCUACUAAUCCUGAUAUUUUUUCCAUUCUCCAUGUGUGUCUGUAUGAAGAUGGUACAAGAGUAUGAAAGGGCUGUGAUAUUUAGAUUGGGGCGAAUCAAGGCUGGCGGAGCGCAAGGACCAGGUAUGUUUUUCAUUGUGCCCUGUAUGGAUGACAUACAAAAGGUAGAUCUGAGGACCAAAACAUUCAACAUUCCACCACAGGAGAUUCUGUCCAAGGAUACAGUGACUGUGACAGUUGACGCUGUGAUAUAUGCCUCUAUUUAUGACCCUGUCAAGUCUGUGUGUAACGUCGCAGAUGCAAUGCAUGCCACCACCCUGCUGGCUGCCACCACCCUCAGAAACACACUGGGUACACACACGAUGGCGGAGAUGUUACAACAACGGGAGAACAUUGUGCAAAUCAUGCAGACUGUUUUAGAUCAAGCUACUGACCAGUGGGGAAUCCGAGUUGAGCGUGUGGAAAUAAAAGACGUACGGUUGCCACACAUGUUGCAGCGUGCUAUGGCUGCUGAAGCUGAGGCGUCCAGAGAUGCUAAAGCUAAGGUAUUGGCUGCAGAGGGAGAACAAAUGGCUGCUCGUGCCCUCAAGGAAGCUGCUGACAUCAUAUCUUCAUCUCCCACCGCUCUCCAGCUUCGUUACCUACAGACACUUGGCUCUGUAGCAGCCGAGAGAGAAUCAACCAUCUUGUUCCCUAUCCCGAUUGACUUGAUGAAAGGAAUGGGAAAAAGUUAGUCUCCACAGACAGUGACCGCUAGUGCAAUAAGGGUGUGGUUAGGCUGCACUUUUAUACACAUAUUUCUAAGAAGCAGUAUCCAUUGUUGACAUGUAAAUACACAUUGUAAUUUAACGUAAUAUCUUACAGCUAUAUGCAAGUACAACCUGUAAUUAUGUGUUACGUGUGUUUAAAUAUAUAUAUAUAUAUUUAAGUACAUGAUAUUUCUGUGAAAUGUUUUACGUAUUUGUAAAUACACUUUUUCACUUUAGGUAAUGUCUUACAGCAAUAUGUAAAUACAGCCUGUAAUUCUGUCAUGUGUUACAGCUUUAAUAGAUACCACCUGUAGUUUUGUAAAAUAUGGUACAGCUUUAUUAGAUACCACCUGUAGUUUUGUAAAAUAUGUUACAGCUUUAUUAGAUACCACCUGUAAUUCUGUAAAAUAUGUUACAGCUUUAUCAGAUACCACCUGUAUCUAUGUAAAAUGUUACAGCUUUAUGUAAAUACAGCCUGUAAUUAUAUGUAAAAUGUUACAGCUUUAUGUAAAUACAGCCUGUAAUUCUAUGUAACAGCUUUAUGUAAAUACAGCCUGUAAAUCUAUGUAAUGUCUUUCAUAAAUAUAUAUAUAGUUUCAAACAAGUUACCGUAAAUAUGAUUUUAAUGAAACAAGCUUAACCUUUAACAAAUUUUAAAUCAAUAUAGUGAAAACGAAAAUAGAAAGGUAAAUUCCUUUAUGACGUCCGAAGUGGUUUCUGUACUGACAAUAUGCUGUAACAGACAUGUUAGUUUCAAAGCAAGAUGAUACUGGUGCAUUUCCUGUAUGGGUAACUAUUGAUAAUGUACUAGGAUUGAUCAUAUCAUGUCUCUAUAGAUGGGAGCCUACAAUGACAGAGUGUAAACAGAUUGGUUAUUAAUAGAUGUUUAUGUUUAUAUCCCUCCACAUUAAAGUACUUCUUUCUGUUGUUGACCAGUAUUGACUGAAAUUUUUCACUUCGCUGAUAAAAAAGUUAAUCCGAUGAUAUUUUUUUAUAAAAAUUCAUUCUUUCCAUACCUUAGAUGUUGUAUUUACUUCAAUUGAUAUUAUGGGAUGGUAUCUACUUGGAAUUCACAUUCAAUUAUCAGUUUUUGUUUUUUUGUUUUAUUUUGUAAUUUUAUACCAAUUAUCGGUGUAGAAAAUUGAAAUUUAUUAGAUUAAAGGUUCAUCACCAUGGCUUAAAUUUAUAAAUUUGAUACAACAAUUUAGUUUCAAACAUCAUUUGUUUGACAUUCAGCUAGCUAUACAUGUAAUAGUCAAGUUUGGCUAUCUGUGAGAGUAUGAAGCUGAUCCUCCAGGUAACAACAUAAUUCUCUGUGAUAUUUUUUGGGAAUUCUACACUGUGUUGUAAUAUCUAUUUUAAAAGUAAUAAAACAGAUCAAUUUUU